ACCUUUCGCCGAGCAUCCGUGAGCGCUGGGAGCCGCGGCGGCUGCGGGCUGCGGCGGCGCAGCGGGAGCAGACCGGAGCCGAAAGACAGACCCUCCAGGACACCAUGAGGAGUGCAGCCAAGCCCUGGAGUCCAGGCAUCAAGGUGGGCAGCCAGGGGACUGACCGCGCGCGGCCCCUGCCUGCAGCCUCUUCUGGCAUGAAGAGUUCUAAAUCCUCCACCUCACUGGCCUUUGAGUCCCGACUGAGCAAGCUCAAGAGAGCCAGUAGUGAGGACAUGCUCAACAAACCAGGAGGAGCCACUGCUUCUGGGGUAGUCCGCCUGAAAAAGACUUCCACAGCCGGAGCCAUCUCUGAGCUCGCUGAGAGCCGCCUGAGGAGCAACCCAGGAGCUGUGACAGCAACCAAACGGACAGGCAUUCCAGCUCCUCGAGAACUUUCUGUAACUGUCUCAAGAGACAGAACUGUGCCGCGAGGACCCUCCAACCCCAGGAAGUCGGUGUCCAGUCCAACCUCUUCUACCACACCCACCCCUACGAAGCACCUGAGGACCACUUCCACGAGACCCAGGCAGGAGCCUGAGGGUGGGGAAAAGGCCGUGCUAGAGUCCCAAGUUCGGGAGCUUCUGGCAGAAGCCAAAGCAAAAGAUAGUGAGAUUAACAGGCUUCGAAGUGAACUAAAGAAGGGCACAGAGAAAAGGACUGUGAAUACUGAAGGAGCUGAUGCCGCAGACCCGGAAGGAGACGGAACAUCAGUCUCACCAGGUGACUCGGAACCUUUGAUAAGAGCUCUUGAGGAGAAGAACAAGAAUUUUCAGAAAGAGCUUGCCAAUCUCGAGGAGGAAAACCGGAUCCUGAAGGAGAAACUGAGUUAUCUUGAGCAUUCACCAAACUCAGAAGGCGGAGCAAGCCACCCUGGAGACAGCAGCUGUCCCACAUCCACUCAAGAGUCAAGUUUUGGAAGCCCAACUGGGAAUCAGUUGUUAGAUGAAAUCGAUGAGUAUAAAAAAACCGUACAUGAGAAUACGUUAUGGACAUCGGGCUCUUCCAGUAGCGAUGUUACCAAAGCUUCUUUGUCACCAGAUGCCUCUGAUUUUGAGCACAUCACAGCAGACACCCCCUCCCGCCCCCUGUCUUCUGCUAGCAACCCCUAUAAGAACUCAAAAUGUUCCACCACCGGCAGUUCCCCUAAUAACAUGAGCGAGUUGUCCCUGGCUUCGCUUACAGAGAAGAUUCAAAAGAUGGAAGAGAACCACCACAGCACAGCAGAAGAGCUGCAGGCUACAUUACAGGAGUUAUCGGACCAGCAACAGAUGGUGCAGGAGUUAACAGCUGAAAAUGAGAAACUGGUGGACGAGAAGACUAUUUUGGAGACUUCCUUCCAGCAGCAUCGAGAAAGGGCAGAGCAGCUAAGUCAAGAAAACAAGAAGCUGAUAAAUCUCUUACAAGAGCGGGUUAAGAAUGAAGAGCCCAAUGCUCAAGAAGGAAAACUCCUCGAACUGGAGCAGAAAUGCACAGAAAUUCUUGAGCAGGGCCGCUUUGAACGAGAGAAGCUGCUCAACAUUCAGCAGCAGCUGACCUGCAGCCUUCGGAAGGUCGAGGAAGAAAACCAAGGAACUUUAGAAAUGAUUAAACACCUCAAAGAAGAAAAUGAAAAACUGAACGGGUUUCUAGAACUGGAGCGGCAUAGUAAUAGUGUGAUGGCCAAAACUCUGCAAGAGUACAAAGUUACCUUGGAAGGGCUGAAGAUUGAAAAUGGGUCUUUGAAGGCUCAUCUGGAUAAUGAGAAGCAAAAAGCUGUAGAGACCAGUCCUGUGGGGCAGACGGCAGAGGGUGGUGAAAUUCAAGAAAUGUUGAAGGUAGCCCACGCUGAGAAAGAUCAGCUGCAACUGUCUUGCACGGAGCUCAGACAAGAAUUGCUAAAGGCACAUGGUGAAACCAAACAUGUUUCGAGCCUACUAGCCAAGGUGGAAAAGGAUUAUUCUUACUUGAAGGAGAUAUGUGAUCAUCAAGCCGAACAGCUGAGCAGAACCAGCCUAAAACUGCAGGAGAAGGCAUCAGAGAGUGAUGCAGAGAUUAAAGACAUGAAAGAAACCAUAUUUGAAUUGGAAGAUCAGGUGGAACAGCACCGAGCUGUCAAAUUACAUAAUAAUCAGCUCAUCAGUGAGCUAGAAAGCAAUGUGAUGAAGCUGGAGGAACAGAAGUCAGAACUGGAAAGACAGCUAAAGACUCUAACUAAGCAGAUAAAGGAGGAGACGGAGGAGUGGAGGCGAUUCCAGGCAGACCUGCAGACUGCGGUGGUGGUGGCCAAUGACAUUAAGUGUGAAGCCCAGCAGGAGCUGCGCACUGUGAAGAGGAGGCUGCUAGAGGAAGAGGAGAAGAAUGCCAGGCUGCAGAAGGAGCUGGGGGACAUGCAGGGCCACAGCAGACCCAUUAAUGAAGAGUCAGAGCCCUCAGAAGUCGAUGCUCCCGGCCGGUGGCAUGGUGUCUAUGUGAACAGAGCAUCUCCAACACCUUCAGAGUCUGCAACCACCGUUAAGUCCCUUAUCAAGUCAUUUGACUUGGGACGCCCAGGUGGAGCUGGACAGGGCCUGGCUGUCCAAAAGACUCCCAGAAGCCCCCUAAGUGGGAUUCCCGUGAGGACUGCCCCAGCGGCCGCUGUUUCUCCAAUGCAGAGGCACUCGACUUACAACAGCGCCUGGUUGGCCAGCAAAGGAGUGGCUCAGCACUUAGAUCUUCCUGACCUUCCCCUCUCUGGAGUAGGUGGUGAUGAUGUUGUUCACACAGAUCUCCUAAUGGGAAGGGCUGAGGACUUGAAGCCUGACCCUUAUCUCCGGAAGAGCCCCUCACUUGAGUCACUGAGCAGGCCCCCCUCUCUGGGCUUCGGGAACAUCAGGCUGCUGAGCGCUUCCACCGGGGGCUUGAAGCCACAGAGCAAACUCAGUGUGGAGAGAAGAGACCCUCUGGCUGCCUUGGCCCGGGAAUAUGGUGGCUCCAAGCGCAACGCUCUCCUAAAAUGGUGUCAGAAGAAGACAGAAGGUUAUGCGAACAUUGAUAUCACAAAUUUCAGCAGCAGCUGGAGUGAUGGCUUGGCCUUCUGCGCUCUUCUUCAUACCUACCUGCCUGCCCACAUCCCGUACCAGGAGCUGAACAGUCAGGAGAAAAAAAGGAAUCUCUUGUUGGCAUUUGAAGCAGCUGAAAGUGUAGGCAUCAAACCCAGCCUGAAUAAAGACCAGAGGACACAGGACAAUAUCCAGACCACAUCCGCACCUGAGAGAACCCAGUGCCUCACGAAGGGGGAGCUCAGCGAGAUGCUGCACACAGACCGGCCCGACUGGCAGAGUGUGAUGCAGUAUGUGGCCCAGAUCUACAAGUACUUUGAGACGUAAACCCUGAGGGCCCAAGAGCAGCCGCCAACUCCUGCAGUUUGUCCUGGAAGCACGUGGUCACUUUCCACAGGCCCUGCCCUGCCCACCACCCAGCUAUCUGGAUGUCAAAGAAGGCUCAGUCCAGGGGGACCAACACGCAGGAAACACAGCGGGUUCCACCGUGCAUAUUAAAUCCAGACACAUUGGCAAUAUAAGCUGGGGAAGCCUUGCUGUCCCAUGGGCCUCCCUCCUUCCACACUCGAGAGCUCACCAGGCUCCUUCCCAUGAGAACACAGGACAUCUCCACGCCCUCUGUGACUUCACGCGUGGCCGCAUUGAGGUUCACCACACGCACCACUUCCAGACCAGUCAUUGUUAUACUAAAAAGCCGAUUUUUUCCCUUGCUACCUCCCACUCCUUCAAAAAAAAAUACCCAGCAAAACACAAAAAGACACAUUUGCCCUCAAGCAGCCUGGAAACACACAAGCCGUCCUUUUUGAAAUUCGCUUAUGUUCUAGGUGACUGGUUUAACACCUAGAACUUGAUUACAUUUUUUAGAUCUCACUGUCACUUGUUCGGUUCUUUGUAUGGAAGACAAAAUCUGAGAAUGCAAAAGAGCCCUUGGCAGUUUGUGAGGUCCGUGUGGGGUGGCCGCAGAGAGAAGCAUCUGCUAUCCCCGCACUGUGUGCUCAGUGUGGCCACACACAUGCCCCCACCUGGCCGCUGGCUUACAUGCAGAAAGGGAAACAUCAGUAACCCCACCCACACCAUUCAUGCCCCAUUUAUUCAUGCCUGCACACAUUUGUCCCAAUGCAGAAGCUAAGAGAAAGUCUCGUGUGUGAAAUGGCCUGUGCCUGCCAGGCUGUUCAUUUGCACAAGGAGUCUGAGGAUGUAUAUUUCUUGGGAUACUGGGCAGAUGGAAAAUCUAAACAAUAUCUCAACUGUAAACUUAGUUUUUAGUGCAUCAUCAGGCCUUGUACACUGCAGACCAAAGGAAGCCCUUAGGGGUAGGCAGAGCUGCUCUGCUUAAAACUAAUGGACGGCGUGGUUAACUGCCAUCCUGCCAUCAUGCUCCCCAAGCAGCCCCGUUGCCUGCAAGUGCUCGGUGCACGUGACCACCUGGCAGCACUGUGGUGUAGUUUUUGGGCAAACAAAGGGCCAUUGGCAGUAAACAAGGGUGCAGUUUGCCAUGGCAGUUGGGGUGAAUUGGUGGUACCCACCUCUUGCUGUGAGCGCCCCUCUGACCAAGGGAAAUCCUGACAUAAGUCACUGAGGGUUACGAUGCUGCCGUCAUUACUUCAAGUCUCUGAUGGCUGGUCGGACCCUCGUUUCCAGCCAUGGAGCCUGGGGUCUGUGGCCAGGCCCUGCCUGGGGGAGGCCCCUCACAGGGCGGGCAAGCUUCCCUGGCUGUCCUGCCUGUGGUUCUCCUCUGGCUGUAGAGCAGAAGCUCCUGGGAGCCUGUUAAGAGCCCACGCUCCUGACUUGCCCCAUCAGUUGAAUCAGUAUCUGAAAUGGGACCAGGAAUGUCUUCUGUAUACUUUCGAGUUCCCCGAUAACCACUGAGUACCGAGCACGUUUCUUCAGGGCACCCAGGGCCGGGCCGUGAGCACAGCUUGCUCCUGAGCAGAGCUUGGUGACAAUGACUACGUAACCAGCCCCCAGGUUUUCAAAUGGAAGUUAGAAGCACAGUCGGAACAAUCUAACUGACUCCUUCCUGGUGAACGCAUCCAAGUGGAAGUCCACAGUGGCGGUGCUGCGUGCAUCUGCCCUGUUGGUGUAACUGGUAUGCUUUCACUGUCUCGAGCUUCUGCCUGCUCACCAUUACAGUGCGGACCAGUGAUAUCCCUAGAAGCUGGGUUGAGCUGUUGUGUUUGCUCUGGAGUUAGUACAGCGUUUUGUCGGAGAGAGGCAGUUGAGGUCUCGGGAUGCCUGGAGCAGGUGUCGCGCAUUACGGGUGCCCUGGUUUGGGUGAUAAGCAUAAGUGGUUCUGAGUUCUGGGCGAAGCCGUCUCUCCCUGCUCCAUGCUGCGGCCUGCUCCCUUUAGGUUAAAAAGAAAAGUGUCAUAUGAAAGAACAGCCACGUGCAGCUUAUUCUUAUAACUUGAAGAGAGCAUGCUUAUAAAGAGUAAAUGUCCUGCUCAUAGAAACACAGGGUCUGGCAGUCCUGGCCCCGCUGGGUCCUGGGGGAGGGGCAGGAGGCAGUGGAGGUGUGGGAUGAGGCCGUGGGGGAAGCUGUCCCAACCAGGGCUGGGUCACAGGCUGUGAUUUUUAGAUCUCCUUUUAAUUGAAGACUUCAGAGGACAAGGUGAAUGUGGAAAAUUGAUAGAUUGAGAAAGGGUAGUGUCAGCAAACCUUACUAUUCCAUUUUCUGCCCUGAGGCUUUCACAGGUGACAGAUAUCCAGGUUUCUUCCCAUCUUCCUUCAGCCAAGAGUUAGUCACUUUAAAUUAUUUGAUUGUUCUGCAGAUGCUUUUUUUAAUGGGUUAUUUUUAUAUGAAAGACAUGCAAAAUACAGGACACCGGAGAGUGGAGGAGAUUUUUAAAGACAGAAAGAGAAGCUCGCUCUUUGCAUUGAGUUGUUUUGUGGACUUGAACCUCGGUUGACUGAUGGAGGCGCACAACCCAGCCUCACUGGGUUAGCACUCUCAGGAACCCGGGGCAGAUCCACACGUCUCAGUUCAAAAAUGAUGUUAGUCUUUGCUUUUUGUUCUUCAUCCUGUUGUUGUCUUGCAGCUUUAGUUGAGGCCAACCAGAGUACCCCAGGGCAACAAACCAUCUGGCAGUGUUGGAAAUCAGAGGCCUUGGGGGAAGCACCCCCUUCGCCACGGAAGCACCCCCUUCGCCACAGAAGCACUGCCGGAUUCUCUCAAUCCCCACCCUGACCCCCUCUUCUCACCCAUGGAGGGGAUGGCAGGCAUUUCCCCCGUGUGUGGACAUAAGAGGACUUGGGUCAUGAAAUACAAACCCAUUGCCAAAUGCAGCAGCGAAUCUCCCAUUCGAAGCUCGAGUGCCAUUUUGAGAUGAACUGUCAAUGAUGUGCAGUAUAUAACCUAGUGACUUUUUUUAAAAGUAUUUUUAAUGUGUCAUUUGUCCAAGUUCACUGGGCAUGUCACUUCUCUGACCCAGGUUAGCGUUUGUCUAAACCAGAUAAUAUCUUGAGUAGCUCACUAACUUUAACUGUCUGGGUUGAAUGCGGUUGAUCCAGCUGUACCCUCGUUUCCAUAGCGAGCACACCCGAUUGCACCAGGCGGUGUCGGUGGCAUGCCAACAUAGACGCGCUUAACUGUUCUCAUGUAAGUGUGCAGGUAUGACUGUAAUAUUCCUAAUAAAUAUAUUUUGUUUCUGUAUGA